AAAGAGUUUAAUAAAUUCAUUACGUUUUGCUGAACUUGAAGUGAAUGAAUAGUUUGAUUGAAUCGUGUCGUGUAAUUUUUAUUAUUUUUGAGAAAUGUUGUAAUUUAGUACGUGACAUGUUAUUUUAGAAAUAAAUACUAUGGUUAUAAUUAAGUGUUGGCACACUAAUUGAAUCUGUUGACAAACUUUUGUAUAACAUUAUUAAACAACACACUGAACUGAAAAUGGAGGUCUCCAACAACACCGACGCCGUCAACCUUGGCGUUGGUGAAGUAGAAGCUGAAAUUGGCGAAGAAUUAAAACAAUUAGAGGAAGGAAAAGAUUUUGAUACACGAAGUGAAGUGUCUAGUACGUCUUCUAGCGAGUCAAGUACUCCAAGUAUUAGUUCUGUUAGCACUAGAUCCAAAGAGAGACGCGCAAAUCGUAAACGUACCAAGUCUGAAAGCCAUUCACCUCCACAAAAUAAACGACGAUGCCUUACAACAAGCAGCAGCAAAGUAAAGACGUAUGAUUACAUGACCAAACUGAAUUAUUUAUUCAGGGACACUCGAUUCUUUUUGAUUAAAUCGAAUAAUGCAGAAAAUAUAACAUUGUCAAAAGCGAAAGGUGUAUGGUCCACACUGCCACAAAACGAAGCCAAUUUAAAUCAGGCGUAUCGUGAGUCCAGGAAUGUGCUACUAAUAUUUUCAGUGAAGGAAAGUGGCAAAUUCGCUGGUUUUGCACGCCUGGGCAGUGAAUCACGACGAGAUGUCGCACCUAUAUCAUGGGUGCUCCCGCCAGGCUUAUCAGCCAAAGUUUUAGACGGCGUCUUUAAAGUUGAUUGGAUUUGUCGAAAAGAAUUGCCAUUUAGUAACACACUACACCUCUAUAAUCCAUGGAAUGAAGGAAAGCCGGUUAAAAUUGGAAGGGAUGGUCAAGAAAUUGAGCCAAAAGUUGCUGAAGAAUUAUGUAGGCUUUUUCCUGAAGAUGAAGGUAUUGAAAUGACUCCUAUACUCAGAAAGUCCAAGGAAGCUUCAAAAAAAGGCUAUUUGAAAAGUGGAGGUAAUUACAGGACAUAUCGGGCUCCUUUGUCAUCUAGGGGAUCAAACUUUAGAAACCGCUUGAAUUCUUCCUCCAGGAGUAGGAGGAAGCCAUUUAUAUCACCUAGAAAUCGACUUUCAUCAAGCUCGUACAAACGCAGAUCACCUUCACCAUACAUGAGAGAGCGCUUGCCAAUUUGGUUUGGACGCAAUCGAGAGGGUUAUGGUAGCAGUAGUACUGCAGCUGAAGCUUAUGUGGCAGAGUAUAUGCGAUCAAUGCAUCAUCAGUUGCCUCCAUUGCCUUAUGUACCCCCACCAGGAUUCAGUGGAGCACUGUCUUAUGAUGGCAUACCGCCACCACCCCCACCGCCUCCCCCACGUUACUACGACUUAGCUGAUUAUCCCCGUUCAGUGUUAGUUUAUGAUAAGAGGUCUUAUGAACGCUCAGUGGAUGAAUUUCUGUGGCGUACUUCUGAUCGCUCCCGUGGCCGAAGUCAUGAACGUGACUCACAUAGAUCCUACCGUGAUCGGCGAUAAAACUGUAUCAACCCCAAUGUAAUGAUAUAAUUUCUGAAUAAAAAAAUUGUGUUUGAA